AUGGCAGCUCCGCAGAGACUUCCAGGCUUCAGAGGGCGAGUCCUGCUUUGUUUUCUCCUGGGAACUCUGUGGGAGGCCAGGGGCGGGCAGAUCCGCUACUCAGGGCAGGAGGAGAUGGAGAAGGGCGCCUUCGUGGGUGACAUCGCCAAGGACCUGGGGCUGGAACCAUGGGAACUGUUGGAUCGAGGAGCCCGCAUUGUCUGCGGAGGUAAGAAGCAGCAUUUCGCUCUGAACGUCAGAACCGGCAGCUUAGUCACAGCAGACAGAAUAGACAGGGAGGGGCUGUGUGGGAGAGCGUCCGUGUGUACUCUAAAUAUAGAGAUUCUGCUAGAGGACAAAGUGAAAAUUUAUGGAGUAGAAGUGGAAAUGACUGGUGUAAAUGAUAACAUCCCCAGCUUUGGGACAGAAGAAAGAGAAAUCAAAAUCAGCGAAAGUGCAGUGCCAGGAACUAGAUAUUCCCUUCCAGAAGCCUUUAAUCUAGACGUGGGGGUGAAUUCACUGCAGAAAUACAAAUUGAGCUCCAACCAUCACUUCUCUCUGCAUGUACAAAACGGAAGAGAUGAUGCCAAGUACCCUGAGCUGGUGCUGGAGCGGGCCCUGAACAGAGAGGAGGAACCUGUCCAUCACCUUACCCUCACUGCCUCUGAUGGAGGAAAUCCGGCUGGUUCUGCCACUGUGCUAAUCCUCGUGACUGUCCUUGAUGCAAAUGACAACGUGCCAGAGUUUACUCGGUCCCAAUACAGUGUUAGUGUUCUUGAGAACGGACCAGUGAGAACAUGUCUGCUCAGGGUGAAAGCCACAGACUCCGAAGAGGGAAUGAAUGGAGAUGUAUCUUAUUAUUUCAGGAAAAUUACCGAGAAAAUCUCACAACUAUUCGAACUGAAUGCUUUAACUGGGGAUGUAACAGUAUUGGAAAAUCUAGAUUAUGAGGAGUGCAAUUUCUAUGAGAUAGAUAUUGAAGCCCGAGAUGGGACUCUGGCCGGAGUCAAGGUUCUGAUCAAAAUACUGGAUGUGAAUGACAACGCUUGCGAUGUCACCAUCACUUCCGUUACCAGCUCAAUCUCCGAAAAUUCUUCUGCAGGGUCGGUGAUUGCCCUUUCCAAUGUGCACGACAGAGAUUCUGGGGACAAUGGCCAGGUCACAUGCUCCAUCCCAGAACAUCUGCCUUUCAAACUUGAAAAGUCCCAUGGGAAUUAUUAUAGUUUUAUGACCGACAAUGCUCUGGAUCGGGAGCAAGUCUCCAUAUACAACAUCACAGUGACAGCUACAGAUGGAUGGAACCCGCCUCUGUCCACUGACACUUACUUCUCCUUGCACAUAGAAGACACCAAUGACAACCCCCCAGUUUUUGUCCAGACAUCCUACUCAGCCUAUGUCACGGAGAACAAUCCCAGAGGUACUUCCAUUUACUCUCUUUCUGCUCAUGAUCAUAUCGGGGAGAAUGGACACAUCACUUAUUCCAUUACAGAUGACUCGGUAUACUGUGUACCUCUCUCCUCCUAUGUUUCCAUUAACUCUGAAACUGGCGUCCUCUAUGCUCUGAGCUCCUUGGACUAUGAACAGUUCCAAGAACGGAAGCUAAGAGUGACAGCCAGGGAUUCUGGGGACCCUCCUCUCAGCACCAACGUUUCCCUGACUCUGCUCAUCUUGGAUCAGAAUGACAAUGCCCCAGAAAUCCUGUACCCAGCCUUCCCCACAGAUGGCUCCACUGGAGUGGAGCUGGCACCCCGCUCUGCAGAACCAGGCUCCCUGGUAACCAGGAUGGUGGCAGUGGAUGCAGACCCUGGCCAGAAUGCCUGGCUGUCCUACCUCCUGCUCAAGGCCACAGAACCUGGACUCUUCUUCGUGGGCCUGCACUCGGGGGAGAUCAGGACUGUGCGGGCAUUCCUGGACAAAGAUGCCCUCAAACAGAAUUUCACAGUGGCAGUGACAGAUAAUGGGGAGCCCCCUCUCUCUGCCACUGUUAGUAUCACCAUAGCUGUGGCUGACAGCAUCCCCGAGAUCCUCUCUGAACUCAGCAUCCCGAGGCUCCAGAUGACCUUAAAGGCUCCAGAUGACCUUAAAGACUCCAGCCUCACACUCUACCUCGUCAUUGCUGUGGCUGCCAUUUCCUGUUUGUUCUUCACCUUCAUUGUCAUUUUACUGGCGCUCAGAUUACAUAGGUGGAGGACCUCGAAGCUGCUGAGUGCACCGAGAGGGCAUUUUGGAAACAUCCAUUCCUCCCAAUUUGUGGGCAUUGAUGGAGUGAGAGCGUUUCUCCAAACACAUACCCAAGAGGUUUCCUUCGCUGCUGACUCUCGGAAAAGCCAAUUGAUAUUUCUGGGACCAAUUUAUGCAGACACUUUAUCACUUCAGCAGAGCUCUGAUAAAAAGGAACCUCCAUUAAUACCCCAUGAAUCAAUUCUCUCUAAUGAGGUCCUUCUUACAGGAUCUUCCCUGAAGCACACGGAUUUACAGCCACGCUAG